AUGGCGCACAGCUACGCACCUUCGACCUCAACAAAAUCCACCCCCAUCUACCACAGCUUGAUAUCAACCUCUCAGGUACGUUUGAAGAUCGAAUUCAUCGAAUUCUCGCCUUUCCGACGUCAAUUUCCGUUGUUUUUCGGGUGUUGUGCGGUUUUGUGGCGGUUUACCCGAUUCUCUACUGCCCGCUCAAGCCCUGACGGCAUUGCGAACCAACCAGCUAAUCCACCUUUUUUUUUGUCCUUUAGGCACCUCACUACCGCAAAAAUGGCUGACCCCCGCGUUGAAGAAAUCCACGAUGACGACGUCGUCAAGAACGUCGAGAGCGACUCUGACUCUGGCUCCGAGGCUGGCGAUGAGCCCAACAUUCCCGCCGGUGCCUCCGUCGCUGUCCACUCCCGUGGUGAGAAGAAGGCCCGCAAGGCCAUUGGCAAGCUCGGCCUGAAGCUCGUCCCUGGCAUCACCCGUGUCACUCUCCGCCGCCCCAAGAACAUUCUCUUCGUUGUCAACCAGCCCGAGGUCUACCGCUCCCCCAACUCCAACUGCUGGAUCAUCUUCGGUGAGGCCAAGAUUGAGGACCUGAACUCCCAGGCCCAGGCCUCUGCUGCUCAGCAGCUCGCUGCCUCCGAGGCCGCUGGUGACCACGCCGGCCACAACCACGAUGAGGAGGAGAUCCUCGGCAAGGGCAAGGCCCCCGAGCAGGAUAAGAAGGAGGAUGAGGAGGAUGAUGGUGAGGAGGUUGAUGAGUCCGGCCUUGAGUCCAAGGACAUCGAGCUCGUCAUGGCACAAGCAAGCGUUUCCCGCAAGAAGGCCGUCAAGGCUCUUCGGGAGAACGACAACGAUAUCGUUAACUCCAUCAUGGCUCUCAGCAUAUAA